AUGACCGGUCGUGGAGGCGGUGGAGCUGCUCGCAAGACGCUGCUUGCGCCUAUUCAUUUCAUCUUCAAGCUUCUUCAGCAACGGUCGACAGUGUCUAUCUGGCUUUACGAGCAGCUGGCUUUCCGGAUAGAAGGAAAGAUCCGGGGUUUCGACGAGUUCAUGAACCUGGUCGUUGACGACGCAGUGGAGGUUCGGAUGGCUACCAAGACCGAGGAAGAGAAGCGGAGGCCGCUCGGCCAAAUCCUCCUCAAGGGCGACAAUGUCUCCCUCAUCCAGGCCGUCCAGUGA